CUAUCCACAUCGGUGACGCUUGAGCGGGCCCGGCCGCUGUCUCCAACUUGUCCCUGAAUUGUUGCAACCAACUUUAUGAAGCAAGCACUUUCCUCAUCUCAACUAAAUGGAGUAUAAAUAGUUUGGCAGCCAGCACCAGAGUAUACAACAGCACAGCUAGCUCAACCAUGAAGUUGGUGCUAGCAGUAGGGCUUCUGUGCCUUGUGGCAUACGCCUCCGCUAAAGAAGCGGAGGAGGUCAGUGACUUAGAGCCAGCAGCGAGUGGGAAGCAUCACCACCACGAGCACGGCGGCGGGAAGGAGCACCAUGCCCACCACCACCACGAGCACGGGGAGAAGGGCCACAAGGGGCAUAAAGGCCACCACCAUCACCACAAAGGGGAGCACGGACACCACGGCAAGCAUCACCACGAGGGGCACCACGCCGAGCACGGCGGCGGGCACAAGAAACACUGGGACGAACACGACCACCACGGGAAACACCACGAGCAUGGACACCAUCAUAAAGGAGAGAAACACGGACACAAGAAACACCACAAGAAGGGAGAAGAGACAGAAGGCUACCACAAGAAGUACCACAAGGACCAUUACCACAAGGACCACCACUUCUACGACGACCACCACAAAGAAGGCAAGCACCACAAGCACGGGGACCACCACGGCCAUCACGAGAAGAAGGGAGGAGAACACAAGAAGGGCGGUCACCACCACUCUGGACAUCAUGAGAAGCAUCACAAGAAGCAUCAUCAUCACGACAAGCACCAUUAUGAUGAGGACCAUAAGGGUCAUAAGGGACAUCACGGUCAUGACGAACAUCAUCAUCAUCAUCACGACCACGGCAAGAAGGGCGGCCAUAAGGACCACAAGGAGUGGGGCUUCCACCACGGCAAACAUUGA